UUCAAUUUAAAUCGUAUUGGCUUAAGUCAAAAUCAUAGCAACCGUUACAUCAACCAGAAAUUUACUUCUUAAAAUUGCUAUUUGUGCGACAUAUUCACUAAACACCAACAAUGAAACUCAAUAUUUCGUAUCCCGCCACUGGCUGCCAGAAACUUAUCGAAAUUUGCGACGAGCCGAAGCUCCGCAUCUUUUACGAGAAACGCAUGGGCCAGGAAAUCGACGCUAGUCCUUUAGGCGAUCAAUGGAAAGGCUACAUCUUGCGAAUCUCCGGAGGCAACGACAAGCAAGGCUUCCCCAUGAAACAGGGCGUUCUCACCUCCACUCGCGUCCGUCUCUUGCUCUCUGGGGGGUCCUGCUACCGACCUCGUCGUGAUGGCCAACGCCGCAGGAAAUCGGUGAGGGGCUGCAUUGUGGACGCCAACUUGAGUGUGCUGUCUUUGGUGGUGGUGCGCAAGGGCGAUUGCGACAUCUCGGGGCUGACGGACGUCACGGUCUUGAGAAGGUUGGGGCCCAAGAGGGCUUCGAAUAUUCGUAAGUUGUUCAAUUUGAGCAAGGAGGAUGAUGUGAGGCAGUACGUGGUGAAGCGGCCGCUCCCGGAGAAGGAAGGAAAGCGCCAGAGAUUCAAGGCGCCGAAGAUUCAGAGGUUAGUUACGCCGAUAAGUUUGCAAAGGCAGAGAAGAAGAUUGGCGUUGAAGAAGAACAGAUGUUUGAAGAAGAAAAUGCAAGUGCAGGCUUUCAAUAAGCUGCUAGCGCAGAGGAAGAAGGAGUUCAAGGUUAAGAAGCAGGAAAUGAAGAGACGAAGGUCGGCGAGCUUGUCGGCAAGACAGGUGGAGAAGUAGUUUGACUAUAAUUUUACUUAGGUAAUUUAAAAUCUUCACUGUGUGUUUAUUAUAGUAUAAGUUUUGUUAAAAGUUAAAAGUUUUAAUAAAUCUUUUUAAUUUCAGUAACAAAUAAAAUUUUGUGCUUUCGGUAUCUACCUAUAAAUU